AUCGACAGCAAGGUCAUGUAUGCGAGUCUAGCAUGAUUUCUACUACUCAAUCACCUACCCGUCGGGAAUCUUGUAUGCGCAUGUCUUUUCCGCGACGUCUAGACCCUGCUCCUUGCCGUGAAAGUCCCGAGGAAAGACUCGUUAUAAUAUCGGCCGACGAUGUCGUAUCAAUUGCGCCCAACACAGCAGUGGUCACUGGACGGGGGUUAUGGCACGUACGAAUAUGGCUACGAUCAGGAGUGUGGCCACGGUUACGGUCCACAGCAAGGAGACUAUAACAACCCGCUACUGUCUCCGCCGAUGGUGUCGGUGCCGCCUUCGGCAGCGACGUUUUCACACUAUUGUAACACCAGCCUCGCGCGCACGCAGACGUGGGUCGCCGACCAGCCGCCGUUCCCGUCGCCGCCUCCAACAGCGAAGCUGCCCCUCGGCGAAUGGGCCAGCCCAAACAGCGAUACCACGUUCGACCGCCACAUGCUGGGAGGCCGCUCGGCGGCUAUCCCGUCACGCCCAUCCUCCAAGCGCGACGAGAGAAUCUGCGGCGUGGAGCGAACCCCCUUCUUUGUCGUCUUAGCCAUCGGGCUGUUCCUGCUGGUCGUCGCCAUCGCCGCCGGCCUCGGCGUAGGUUUGGGCACGAGGAGACACUAUAGCGGCACUCCUCUGGCGACUCCGUCGAGAUAGGAUGCGAAGUGUUCCCGAAACAAAGACACAUGGUACUCCGUAUUUGUUACCGAGACAUCACGGUUGUGGCACUUAGGCGUAAGUGUGCCUCGACACAGUCGCGCGGUGUCCGGCAUCUCCCGUGUACGGAGCGGCGUAAUAUGUGCGGGAGAAUAUCACGC